AUGGACUCGCCACUGCUGAGCCCACCCGCUCUGCUCGCGCUGUCCCUGCUCCUCCUAGCGCUCUACAUCGCGCGCCGGCGCCGCGGGGGAGGCAGGAAUCGGAACUACCCGCCCGUGGCGGGCACCGUGUUCCACCAGCUGCUCAACUUCGGCCGGCUGAUGGAGUACCACACGGAGCUCGCCCACAGGUACCGCACCUUCCGCAUGCUCACCCCGACCUGCAACUACGUGUACACCGUCGAGCCCGCCAACGUGGAGUACAUCCUGAAGACCAACUUCGCCAACUACGGCAAGGGGGUGAUGACCCACGACGUGCUGGAGGACCUCCUCGGCGACGGCAUCUUCAACGUGGACGGCGCCAAGUGGCGGCACCAGCGGAAGGCCGCGAGCCACGAGUUCUCCACGCGGGUGCUGCGCGACUACAGCAGCGGCGUGUUCCGUGACACGGCCACGGGGCUCGCCGGGAUCGUGGCCGUGGCCGCCGGCGCCGGGGAGAGGCGGCUGGAUGUCGCGGACCUGCUGAUGCGGUCGACGCUGGACUCCAUCUUCAAGGUCGGGUUCGGGGUCAGCCUGGGCGUGCUGUCCGGCUGCAGCGACGAGGUCGCGGCGGCGUUCGCCAGGGCGUUCGACGACGCCAGCGAGCAGCUCCUGUACCGCUUCUUCGACCUGUCCUGGAAGGUCAAAAGACUCCUCAGCAUCUCGUCGGAGGCAGCAAUGAAGAGAUCGAUCCGCACCAUUGAUGGAUUCGUGUACGGCGUCAUCGACAGGAAGAUCGAGCAGAUGGGCAGAGACCAACAAGAAUUCGUGAGCUCUCCGCAGCAGCCUCGCCCAUCUGGAUGCUCGGGCGCUCGAUUGGCGGCUCCGGCCCUACUUUUUUUUACUGACACGCACGGUGGUGUUUAUCUUUGCCAGGCCAAGAAAGAGGACAUCUUGUCAAGCAUGGUUGAUCUGAUUCACCGGUACGAGGCGGCCACCAACAAGCAACUCUGCCAUGAGGCGUCAUACUACGCUGAUCGUAAGGAUGAGUUGUUCAUCAACGUGACCGAGGAGCUUCAGGUCAAGAUCAAUGAGAACGGGUGCCACAACGACGCAGCCGCCACAGGCGUGGAGAUGGAGGAGACGACGAUGGUGGAGCCGCUGCUGCCACAGUCAGAGAAGUCGGCGGACUACCCUGGACUCAGAUCCUGGGUCCGCCACUGA